CAUCUGCAGCUCUGCAGAACGCAACACCCACCUCGCUACAACGACCGCAGGGGGAGAAAACGGACAAACUAACGACAAGAGACAAUGACAAGACGACAGGAGAGGUGAACACAGACGGAGACAACAAGACAGAGAGACAUAAAGACGGAGACAUAAAGACGGAGACAACAAGACAGAGACAACAAGACAGAGAGACAUAAAGACGGAGACAACAAGACAGAGACAAAUCAACAAGGGGCAAUUAGAACAGAACGACAGACCUGAAGAAGAGGAGAAGAACAGAACGACAGACCUGAAGAAGAGAAGAAGAACAGAACGACAGACCUGACGAAGAGGAGAAGAACAGAACGACAGACCUGAAGAAGAGGAGAACAAGAAGGUGGGGGUGCUACGGUUGAGAUGGAGCUGUGGCGUCACUGUGCCGUGUGGCUGAUAGAGUGCAGGGUGCUCCCUGAGAGUCACAGGGUAACGUGGGACAGUGCUCAGGUGUGUGAGUUAGCCCAGGCUCUGAGGGAUGGAGUCCUGCUCUGUCAGCUGCUGAACAACUUACUACCCCACGCCAUCAACCUCCGAGAGAUCAACCUCCGACCCCAGAUGUCCCAGUUCCUGUGUCUGAAGAACAUCCGUACGUUCCUGGGGGUGUGUCAGGAGAAGUUUCACCUGAGGAAGACUGAACUGUUUGAAGCCUUCGACCUGUUUGAUGUCAGAGACUUCGGCAAGGUGAUAGAUACCUUGUCCAUUCUGUCCCAGUCCCCCAUCUCCAUCCAGAAGGGUUUCCAGUCUUUCCCAAUAGAUGGCUGUAUUGCUGAUGAUGAUAUCUACAACGGUCUCUCGGACCAGAUUGAUGAAACAGUGGACGAGGAUGAUGACCUUUAUGACUGUGUGGAGGAUGAGGAGAAUGAGGGGGAUGAGAUAUAUGAAGACCUGAUGAGGGCCGAUGAGCCAUCGGAGACGCAGCAGCAGCAGAAGAUGGAGGUGGAUAAGAGAGAAUGCUGCCUGCUGGAGAUCAGACUGACAGAGGAGAAAUACACUGACACGCUGGAGUCCAUAUUACAGCACUUCAUGAAGCCCCUCCAGAAGUUCCUUCAGCCUCACGACAUAGAGAGCAUCUUCAUCAACACGGCGGAUCUGGCUGUAACCCAUCGUAGUCUGCUGGGGGAGAUCCAGACCUCGAUCUUAACCCUGAAUGCCGAGAACCUUUACCAGGUUUUCAUCAACUACAAAGAGAGGUUGUUGCCGUAUGGGCGGUACUGCAGUCAGGUGGAAGCAGCUACUAAACACCUGGACAAGAUGUCCGCCAUGAAGGAAGGAGUUAAGAUGAAACUAGAGGAGUGCUCUAAGAGGGCUAACAGUGGCAGGUUCUCUCUGCGUGAUCUACUCAUGGUUCCCAUGCAGAGAGUCCUCAAAUACCACCUACUGCUCCAGGAGCUGGUGAAACACACCUCCAGCAAUACAGAGAAAGAGAACCUUCGGACGGCUCUAGACGCCAUGAGAGACCUGGCUCAGUGUGUGAACGAGGUAAAGAGAGACAACGAGAUCAUCAAACAGAUCACCACCUUCCAGUUGUCUAUAGAGAACAUGACUCAGUCUCUGGCUCUGUACGGACGACCCAAGAUAGAUGGAGAACUGAAGAUCAGCUCCUCAGAGAAGAAGUCCAAACAGGACAGGUAUGCGUUCCUGUUUGACAAGGCGAUGCUAGUGUGUAAGAAGAAGAGUGGAGAGACGAUGGAACUGAAGGAGAUUAUAGACCUGCAGUACUACCAGCUACGAGACGAGACCACCGGGGAGAAGGACAGCAAGAAGUGGUCACAUUUUUUCCUACUUAUAGACUGUUAUGGGAAGUCAGGAUAUGACCUUUUCUUCAAGACCAGAGAUCUCAAGAAGAAAUGGCUGGAGCAGUUUGAGAUGGCCCUGUCCAACAUGUGUCCAGAGAACUGUACUGCCAACAGUCAUGACUUCCAGAUGCACUGCUUUGAAGAUACCACCUCCUGCAAGGCCUGCAGUAUGCUCCUCAGGGGGAUAUUCUUCCAGGGGUAUCGUUGUAGUCGUUGCAGAAUGGCCGCUCAUAAAGAAUGUCUGGGAAGAGUACCAGGCUGCGGACGCAACUCAGACCACUCAGGGAACGUGAAGAAGAAUAAGAAGUCAGCUCCUCACAGACAAGCCAGUCCAGGCCUUCCUACAAUGGAGGUGUGUCAGGAGUACUAUGGUUUACCUCCGCCCCCUGUAGCGUUCGGCCAACCACUGCACCUCUCCAUGGGUGAUGUCAUCGAACUGACAAGAGCCGAUGCCGACCUAACGUGGUGGGAGGGCAAGAACGUGACGAUUGGUCAGAUGGGUUGGUUCCCCUGCAGUAAGGUCCAGCCCUUCAUCUCUAGACCAACUCCCGACCUAUCCGACUUCCUAUGGUUUGCGGGGAACAUGGACCGGUCAGCGGCGAAGAACCUCCUGAUUUCACGGUCAGAUGGAACGUUUCUGGUCCGCCAGAAAGACGGAGGAGAGUUCGCAAUCAGCCUCAAGUUUAACAUGGACAUCAGACACAUCAAGAUCACGUCAACAGAAGGCCUCUACCGCAUCAACGAGAAGAAAGCAUUCAAAGGGUUAAUCGAGAUGGUUCAGUUCUACCAGCAACAUUCAUUGAAGGAGUAUUUUAAGGAUGUGGACACCACCCUCCAGACACCCUUCAAUCAGCCUGAACAGAGUGAUACACCCUUCAACACACCCUCCCCAGGUGGCAGUAUGCGUUCGUUCGGCACAGCGAGGGCCAGGUAUGACUUCUCAGCCAGAGACCGUACAGAGCUGUCUCUGAGAGAAGGAGACACAGUCAAGGUCCUGUCUAAGAAAGCUCACAAUGGAUGGUGGAAAGGAGAGGUCUAUGGACGGGUCGGUCUGUUCCCAGCUAACUAUGUAGAAGAGGAUUACUCUGAAUACUGCUGAUGUCGCCUCACACCUUCACCUGUGUGACUACUGCUGAUGUCGCCUCACUGUCACACCUUCACCUGUGUGUGAAAGAGACAGUGUGUCCCAAUUCAAUCCCUACCCCUUCCCUUGGCCCUAACCAGUGCAGUCAAAAAUGUGAUUUUACUGUUUUGUUUUUUUCAACAAUAUCUCCACAUGAGGUUGAAAUAACACUCUGAAAUUGUAUAAAAUUACGAUAAUGUCCUUUUGAAAACAAUGCUUGGAAUUUCAGCCUGUUCAGGUGGGAUGGAGUUUUUGACCCACAGCAUGACAUCACAAUCUGAUCUGUUUUUUCUGACCAAUGACCAGUCAUCUUUUAUUUGCAUACGUCUCCACCUACUUUGAAGGGGUAAGCUGGGUCGGCUCUAGUGCAGGGAUGGGCAACUCCAGUCCCACUGUUUCCCUAGCAAACACAGCUGAUUAAACUGACUGUAUUCUGAACUGAAGAACGUGAUCAUUGCAUUACUGGAGUCAGGUGUCUUAGCUGGGGCUGAAGUGUGACACCAAUCAGGCCCCCCGAGGACUGGAGCUGCCCAUCCCUGCUCUAGAGUCUAGACAAUCCUAUCCGCCAAUCAGCUAUCCGCCGAGCUGUGCAUGUAAAUAUAUUUAAAUUUCUAUCAACACACCGACACGAUCAGACUGAGCAUUCCAAUGGCUGAAGGAGGCUCAGGGAAAUAAAUGAUAAAACAUUUAUUUGAAGUUAUUUUCAUGAAGUAAACACAGUGAUUUAUUAGACAUCCAGUGAUGAUUUAAAAUUAAAAAGACUGCAUGGAGGCGUUAAAUGUUUGAUCUGCAAGAUAGAGGCAAUAUGGUGGAAGCUUUACCACCACCAUAGAGAAUGAUAGAGGCACUAUGGUGGAAGAUUUACCACCACCAUAGAGAAUGAUAGAGGCAAUAUGGUGGAAGCUUUACCACCACCAUAGAGAAUGAUAGAGGCAAUAUGGUGGAAGAUUUACCACCACCAUAGAGAAUGAUAGAGGCAAUAUGGUGGAAGCUUUACCACCACCAUAGAGAAUGAUAGAGGCACUAUGGUGGAAGCUUUACCACCACCAUAGAGAAUGAUAGAGGCAAUAUGGUGGAAGCUUUACCACCACCAUAGAGAAUGAUAGAGGCACUAUGGUGGAAGAUUUACCACCACCAUAGAGAAUGAUAGAGGCAAUAUGGUGGAAGCUUUACCACCACCAUAGAGAAUGAUAGAGGCAAUAUGGUGGAAGAUUUACCACCACCAUAGAGAAUGAUAGAGACAAUAUGGUGGAAGAUUUACCACUACCAUAGAGAAUGAUAGAGGCAAUAUGGUGGAAGCUUUACCACCACCAUAGAGAAUUAUAGAGGCAAUAUGGUGGAAGCUUUACCACCACCAUAGAGAAUGAUAGAGGCCUCUAGUGGCCAAAAGGUUGUAUUAUAGCACGGGGCAGCACCAUUGAGGUCUUCCACCAUUGCAAUGUAGUCAACUGGCUGGGACUUCCAACUUCAUUGGCUGAUCCCUACUGGUGACCUUGUUGGGAGUCAUGUGCAGCCAAGGGUCAUCAGGAGGUAUCAGCCAAUCGUGAAGAAGAAAAUGGAACUACUUCAAAAUGGCCUCAAUGGCACUGCCCAUGAUGUCACAGACGCCGUAGUGGGACGGAUACAAUGAUACGGCCUCUUUCCAUCUCUAUGACCCCCCCACUACACACGGAUACAAUGAUACGGCCUCUUUCCAUCUCUAUGACCCCCCCACUACACACGGAUACAGCCCUGGUCAGACGUGUUAACGUGGAGGGACCCCUGAUACGGCCUCUUUCCAUCUCUAUGACCCCCCCACUACACACGGAUACAGCCCUGGUCAGACGUGUUAACGUGGAGGGACCCCUGAUACGGCCUCUUUCCAUCUCUAUGACCCCCCCACUACACACGGAUACAGCCCUGGUCAGACGUGUUAACGUGGAGGGACCCCUGAUACGGCCUCUUUCCAUCUCUAUGACCCUCCCACUACACACGGAUACAGCCCUGGUCAGACGUGUUAACGUGGAGGGACCCCUGAUACGGCCUCUUUCCAUCUCUAUGACCCCCCCCCCACACUACACACAGAUACAGCCCUGGUCAGACGUGUUAACGUCAAGGGACCCCCUGGCUUCCUCCUGUGUGUAGAACUCAAUGCACUGAUUCAAUGUUUCUGCUGUGAAUAAAACCUCUUGACGUA